AUGAUGAUGAUCUUCAGCAGAAGUAGUUCACACAUCGUAUUCCUAGCCUUCAACGUUGUUGUAAUUGGGUUGCUGUUAAUUAGCAGUCAAGGGGCAGAGUACUCCAACUCCAACUAUCUCUAUGGCGACGCCCUCGACAAGAGUUUAAUGUUCUUGGAGGCACAGAGGUCAGGGAAGCUCCCCCUGAAUCAGCGAGUCAAAUGGCGGGGCGACUCAGGACUCAGUGACGGGUUUCUUCAAGGGGUGGAUUUGGUGGGAGGGUACUACGACGCAGGAGAUCACGUGAAGUUUGGAUUGCCCAUGGCCUUCAGCGUAACCAUGUUGGCAUGGGGAGCUAUUGAAUUCAGGCGAGAGAUCACGGCUUUAAACCAGAUGGAACACACUUUGGAUGCCAUCAAGUGGGGGACUGAUUAUUUCAUCAAAGCCCAUUCCCAACCUAAUGUUCUAUGGGGACAGGUGGGAGAGGGGGAAUCGGAUCAUUACUGUUGGGAGAGGGCAGAAGACAUGAGCACCCCAAGGACUGCAUUCAAGCUGGACUCCGACCACCCUGGCUCCGACAUGGCUGCUGAAACGGCGGCUGCCAUGGCUGCUGCUUCCAUUGCUUUCUUCCCUUACAACUCCUCCUACUCUUUUCUCCUUCUACUCCAUGCCAAACAGCUAUUCUGGUUUGCCGAUGUAUACAGGGGGUUGUACGAUGACUCCAUCCCAUCCGCUAAGCAGUUCUAUUCUUCUUCUGGUUAUUCGGAUGAGUUGUUAUGGGCUGCUGCGUGGCUGUUCCGAGCAACCAAGGAUGCCUACUAUUUGAAGUAUGUUGUGGAUAAUGCUGCCUCCAUGGGUGGAACUGGGUGGGCUGUCCGCGAGUUCUCUUGGGACAACAAGUACGCUGGUGUCCAACUUCUUCUUUCCAAGGUAUUGAUGGAGGGAGGAGGAGGAGAGUAUGCUUCCAUCCUGAAGCAGUACCAAGCCAAAGCAGAAUUCUUCAUUUGUGCUUGUCUGCAGAAAAACGAUGGCGACAACGUUGCCUUGACUCCUGGGGGGUUAAUAUAUCUGCGUGAAUGGAACAACAUGCAGUAUGUAGCAUCCGCUUCAUUUCUUCUUGCCGUUUACUCCGAUUAUCUCUCUGCUGCCAAAUCUGUGCUCAACUGUCCCAACUCUCAAAUCCAACCUUCUCAACUCCUCAUCUUUGCCAAGUCUCAGGCAGAUUACAUUCUGGGUAAAAAUCCAAAAUCAAAGAGCUACUUAGUUGGCUAUGGAAGAGAGUACCCAGUUCAUGUCCACCACAGGGGGGCUUCCAUCCCCUCCAUAAUCGUUUUGCCUUCGGUGGUUGGAUGCGCGGAGGGAUUCGAGAUGUGGUACAGUCGUCCCCAGCCAAACCCCAAUGUUAUAUACGGAGCACUCGUCGGAGGUCCCGACAGCAGCGACGACUUCUCCGAUGACCGCUCCGAUUACGAACAAUCUGAGCCCACGCUUUCUGCCUCCGCUCCUCUUAUUGGCCUCUUCUCCAAAUUGCAGAGCAUCUAUGGCCAUUCUGCAGGUAAUUACAAAAGAAAGGAGAAAGAAAAAUACAAGGGUAGUGAAAAUUUUAGCUCCUAUGAGUAACUGAGAAUUAAUUAAUACGAUGCAGAUGAUCAUAAUGGUCCAGCUGUGGAGUUCCUUCACUCAAUAACAAACACAUGGACAUAUGAAGGGAGGACUUACUACAGGCACAAGGUGAUAAUGAGGAACAGGUCAGAGAAGGCAGUGAGGGAUCUGAAGCUGUCUAUUCAAAAUCUCAGCGGCCCCUUAUGGGGUCUGUCCCCAACGGCAGAUCAGAAGGACGUGUAUGAGCUUCCUCAGUGGCUCCAAGUCUUAAACCCUGGCUCCCAGUUGACAUUUGUUUAUGUUCAAGGUGGCCCCCAAGCUCAGAUUUCCGUCUUGAGUUACCAAUAUUGA